AACCAUGAUCAAUCCCACUGAACGUGAGAGCCUGUCUAAUUGCAAUAGCGGUGAGGCUUUUGAGGACGACAACAAUCCAUCCGCCCCCUCAGCGGUCAAUAAUACACACAAUUCAUUAUCAUCCACCGAUACAGAGCCCAGUAGUGACCCAGAGAACUUAAAUAUACACCCUGUCCAGCUACAAUACACAUCUCAACUCAAAACACAACUAUAGUCAAGCAUGUGUCGCUGGAAUGCAGCUGGCAUUAUAUUUUUGCUCGUUGAGCUCCUUGUCCUGGAUUAAUAUGAAGCAAAGGUAAGCGACUGAGAUAUGUUACAAAAAACUCACCUGGUCUUCCUCCAGACUUUUCAAAGGCGAGAUGAUGACAAGUAUACACUCUUGUGAAGUAACAAAGGCAUAGCAAAGAGGCAUCCAGCUGCCAUCCAUAAGGUGUCCGGUUAUUGCAUUGUGCUCCGACAGACUGAAUCAACUUUGCGCAAGUUUCCUGCGAGGAGUAGUUGGUUUUUGCCCUUUAGGCUCCAGUGAGGAGCUUGUAGGAGUGUUUUAUAGCCUCAGCAUGUGAUGAAGGACAUGACAAGGCUGGCAUUGACUUGUCGUUCACUGAAAAUUGUCUCUGUUGCUUAUACUACAACUCAGAGUCACGGAUCAUAUUCUAUUUGGUGUCCUAAUAAGCAUGAUGACGAGAAUCUAAAACUU